AUGGCGAAUGUGUCUAAAUUUCUAUCCCCACAAAGUGUUGGUGGUUUAUCGCGCAGACAAGUUGCCCAGAGUGCAGCUCUGGGGGUCUGCUUGUUAACAGCAGCUGCCGUCUAUGGGGCGAGAAAGUGUCCCCAAGUACUGGACAGGGUGUUGGGACGAAAAGAAACCGUAUCGUCUUCGCCUGCAUCUCUGCAAAAACAAGGAAAGGACUAUAGUUCCCCCCUUCUCGUCGGUGAUGCUUCUCACCCGAAAUCCAAUGCCACUAAAAAAUCGCUACCCUCCUCUUCUUCAUCAUCAUCGUCGUCGUCAAAAUCAAAUCAUAACCACCAUCAACAAAAUAAAUCACCUGGUGUAAACAAAGCCCUUUUAAAGCAACUACGAUUUUUAUUAAAUAUUGUCGUUCCCGGUUUUUGGUCGAAAGAGUUUGGUAUUUUGUCUCUGCAUACUCUGACCCUGAUCUGCCGGACUUUUCUUUCUAUCUACGUGGCUACCCUGGACGGUAAAAUAGUCAAGACCAUCGUCCAGAAAGAUGCUUUCAAAUUCAUGUGGCAAUUGUCCAAAUGGAUUAUCAUCGCAGUUCCGGCCACGUUUGUCAACAGCCUCAUCCGUUUUGUGGAAAGUAAACUGGCCUUGGCCUUCCGUACCCGAUUAGUAAACUAUUCAUAUAGUAAAUACUUCGAUAAACAAACAUACUACCGUGUCAGUAAUUUGGAUUGCCGUUUGCCCAAUGCUGACCAGUGCCUCACAGACGACAUAAAUGUGUUUACCCAGUCUUUGGCUCACCUGUAUUCUCACCUGACCAAACCUUUACUGGACAUUGCCAUUAUGUCGUUUACUCUGUAUAAACUGGCCAGCAGCCGAGGGGCCAGUUCCAGGAUUCCGACUAUUGUUGCUUCGGUUGUCAUCUUCAUCACUGCCAAGGUACUAAGAGCGGUUUCUCCUAAAUUUGGAAAAUUGGUUGCGGAGGAGGCUAAACGAAAAGGGGAAUUGCGUUAUAUGCAUUCAAGAGUCAUAACAAAUGCUGAGGAAAUUGCCUUUUACAGUGGUCACAAGAUUGAAUUAAGUGCCUUACAAUCAUGUUACCAAGCACUUGCGUCCCAAAUGGAUGUCAUUUUCCGUCAACGUCUAUGGUAUGUAGUCUUGGAGCAGUUCCUCAUGAAAUAUGUGUGGAGUGCUGCAGGCCUUGUGAUGGUAGCUAUUCCAAUUAUUACUGCCACUGGCAUCAAAGCUGAUGGUAGUAGUAUGAAUGAUGAUCCAGAUGGAGGUGUUAGUGAGAGGACUCAGUCCUUUACAACAGCCAGAAAUUUGCUUAUAUCAGCAGCUGAUGCUAUUGAAAGGUGGAUGUCUUCUUACAAAGAGGUGACUGAACUUGCUGGUUAUACAGAAAGAGUACAUAAUAUGUUAAAAGUCUUUGAAGAUGUUCAACACGAAAAAUACAUCCGUACUAUCGUUGGUCAAACUGAUAAGGAAAGAACAACAGAACAUCUCAAAAUUGCUGGUGAAGUUUCUGAUUGGGACAAAGGAAUUGUGAUUGAUGAUCUUCCUAUCAUUACUCCAAAUGGUGAUGUUAUUGUAUCAAAACUCUCCCUGAAUAUUAUACCAGGAACCCACUUGCUCAUUACGGGUCCAAAUGGGUGUGGCAAGUCUUCUUUAUUCCGGAUUCUAAGUGGACUAUGGCCAGCUUAUAAAGGAAGUCUGCAGAAGCCCCCUACUCAUCGAAUGUUUUACAUUCCACAAAGGCCUUACAUGUCAAUUGGCAGUUUAAGGGACCAAGUGAUUUACCCUGACACAGUAGCUGAUUUUAAGAGGAAAGAGAUGACUGAUGCCAAUUUAGAAUCCAUUUUGUCUAUUGUGCAUCUACAACAUAUUGUUCAUCGAGAAGGAGGCUGGGACUCUAUAUGUGACUGGAAAGAUGUCUUGUCUGGUGGAGAGAAACAAAGAAUGGGUAUGGCCAGGCUUUUCUAUCACAAGCCUCAGUUUGCUUUGCUGGAUGAAUGCACAAGUGCAGUGUCCAUUGAUGUGGAGAGCAGCAUCUACCAAAGAGCCAAAGAUGAAGGUAUCACUCUCCUUACCAUUACACACAGACCAACAUUAUGGAAGUUCCAUUCUCAUUUGCUUCAAUUUGAUGGUGAAGGCGGCUGGGUGAUGGAGAGUUACCUUCAUGUGGUGCUGGCCUUGACAAAGAAGGACUGUCUGAUAACCCCUAAAAGAAUUCAGUCUUUCAAACAAACUUUGAUUUGGCUAUGA